AUACAUAUAUGUAUACACCGUUCAUGAUUGUUCUUUUUAUCACUAUUUAUUAUAUAGUAUUUACUAAACUGUUUUUUAUUAAAAAUGACAAAAGUUCAAAAUGUACAAUAAGCAAUUAUUUAAACUCUUCGUUUAAAAACUUUCCUUUAUAUUUAAAUUUAAUUAAAUUGUUAAUUUUAUUUGAAAACUAGUUUGUAACUUAGUGUGUCAGGUGAUUCUCGGGAAAAAUUUACUAACAUUAAAAAAAAAUUAAUAGUAAUUUUAAAAUAUUUUUCAAAUCACGGAUUAAAAAUUUACCGAAUGAAUGAAUUAUUUAAGUCGAUAAAUUUCGAACAAGUUAUCAGUAAUUAGUUAUUUGUAUUUUAUCGAAGGUUAAGUUAUGUCACAUACAUAAUAUGGCGUCUUCCGAUAUAUCUGAUGAUGGGUUCGAUUGGAAAACUCUGGAGUAUAGAAUUUUCAAAAGUUCAAGUUAUUCACCGACAUAUUUACCUGAAAAUAUACUAGUUGAUAAGCCACAAGAUCAAUCAUCUCGUUGGUCGUCUGAUCAUGAUCAUUAUCCACAGUAUUUGGUUCUCAAGCUUCCUCGCCCGUCAAUCGUUAAAUCUCUUACUUUUGGAAAAUUUGAAAAAGCUCUGGUAUGCAACAUAAAAAAAUUUAUUAUUUUUGGUGGAAUGGAACAUGAAAAUAUGACGGAACUUUUGAAAGGAAGUUUAAAAAAUGAUUCAGUGGCAGAAACAUUCGAAAUAAAACAUAAAAUUGGAAUGGACGAUAUUUACUACCCGAUUAGAUACAUAAAAAUAAUGCCUAUUCAAUCGUGGGGACCGAGUUUUAAUUUCAGUAUUUGGUAUGUUCGUCUAACUGGUAUCGAUGAUCCAGAAAUAGUUGAUCCCAGCAUCAUGUGGGUUAAUCAGUACCUCCAGAAUGAAAUUUUAAGACUUUGUAUGAAAUAUUUCCGUUGUAUAAAACAGCCAGAAAUAGUUCAGACCCUUGGGAAAGUCACUAAUGUUAAGUUAGAAGAUCAACGAUUAUCAACUUUAUACGAUAUUUUAGUAAAUAAAGGUGAUUAUCUUGAAGCUGAACGAUUUAUCACUAAUGCUGUUUCGACUGGACUAGUAGAUGAAUAUACAAAUAAUCAACCUUACUGCGCAGUAUGGAAAAAAGUUAAAUGCGAUGAUCCGAAACCGGGUAUGAGAGGAGGUCAUCAAAUGGUCUUCGAUUCGGCAGCUGAAAUUUUAUAUUUAUUUGGUGGAUGGAAUGGAAAUCAAGAUUUGUCUGAUUUUUGGUCAUAUAAUGUAAAAGAAAACAAAUGGACUCUUAUUUGCCAAGAUACUAAAAGUGUAGGGGGGCCGGGUGCUCGGUCUUGUCAUAAAAUGUGCCUUGAUCCUGAAAGAAAACAAUUGUUCACAUUAGGAAAGUAUUUAGAUACACAAUACCGGUGUUCUGAUAAUUUAAAAAGUGAUUUUUAUGUCUAUGAUAUAAAAUCAAAUAAAUGGAUUCAAAUAUCUGAAGAUACAAGUGCUAGUGGAGGCCCGAAACUUAUAUUUGAUCAUCAAAUGUGUAUGGAUGUUGUAGAUAGAAUAAUUUAUAUAUUUGGUGGCCGGAUUCUUACAAUGUCUGGUGGGGUUGAUGAUCAUGCCGUAGGGAUGUCGUUGAGUCCAGCCGAGCCUGUUUUCUCUGACCUUUUUUCUUAUCACGUAUCAACUAAUACUUGGAAGCUUUUAGCCUGUGAUAUCGCUAGACCAAGUCCUUUAAAUGUACCAAUGAUAAAGUCGAGAGUAGGCCAUUCAAUGCUUUUUCAUCCGGUCGAUAGAAAGUUGUAUAUUUUUGCUGGUCAGAGAAGCAAAGAAUAUCUCAAUGAUUUUUUUACAUUUGAAGUUGAUACUAGUAGAAUAGAGCACAUCAGCUUACAAGAUUUUGAGAGUGACGACUCUAAUCAUAUUCCAGCAGCGGGUUAUACUCAAAGAGCAACAAUCGAUUCUACAUUAGGCGAAAUUUAUGUUCUUUCAGGAUUAAGUAAAAACAAAGAAAAGCGCGAAGAAAAUGUUCAAAAUUCAUUUUGGGUUUAUAAAAUUAAAAGUAAUUCUUGGACAUGUGUCUAUCGCAAUGAAAACGUUAGUGAAAAAUAUUGGAAUAAAAUGCAAGAUUUCGAGCCGUGUCCUCGUUUUGCUCAUCAGCUGGUUUAUGAUAACGUCAAAAAAGUUCACUAUUUAUUUGGUGGUAAUCCUGGACGUACUUAUUUCCCGAAACUGAGACUUGAUGAUUUUUGGCAACUGAAACUUUGCAGACCAAAACAAGAUCAAAUUCUCAGGAGAUGCAAGCUUAUCAUUAGAAAACAUAAAUUCAAAGAACUUGCUCUUUGUAAUAGUAUGAAGGCACUUGAGUAUUUGCAGAAAGAUAUUUCCGAAAUUGUUGACCAUAGUGAUGUUGAACAAACUAAGGAUUUUCAAUUGUUGACAUCUGUGCUCUUUUACGAACAAGACUUUUUAAGACACACACCAAAAUCAUCCGACAUUUCAUUAAAUACGAGUAGUUCAGAUAUGUUAGCGAAAGAAUUUCAUCAGCGUCGUACGAAAUUAUUCGAUCAACUAAUGGAAUUUUUUCCCGAAAAACUUACACAACCGCGUACUAAUUUAGUUGACCUUGUACUUUUGUGAUAUAGCCAUCCUUAAAUUAGUUUAUCAUUUCAGAGGACAUUCGACUGUUAAAUGCUCAAAUUAUACUAUUUUAUUGGGAAUAUUAAUUUGGGUAAAUAAAGUACAGCUUUACGUCCGGCCGUGUGUGUCUGUGUGUAAACUUUUUUUGUCCAGCGAUACUUUUAGAACGAAACCGAUCUGAGCGUUCUUGGCGGCAAUCGAAAGAGUUUGCCAAGACUUAGAAUUCAAUAGGUUUUGAAGUCGAUCGGUCGAGUAGUUUACAGGUUAUACGAAAAAUAAAAAUUACGAAAUUCAUAUGCUGAAGCUAGCGGCCGUAAUAAGGAGCGUUCACGCAAAAAAUUUCUGGCCGCUACUUCAACUUCAUCAAAAUUCAUAAACUGUUUGCAUGAUUUACCUCAAAAUAUCAUCAAUUCUAGAUCUUGGCGAGCUCUUCCGAUUGCCACCAAGAAGGUUCGAAUCUGUUGAUUCAUUCCAAAGAUAUCGUCGGACAAAAAUUAUUUUUUUCAGUGAAAUGUAUGUUUUUUCGGUCUAAAUUGUUUUUCUUACUGUUUGUAUUCAAUGUUCAAGUACAUAAAAGUUUAAUUUUUUCGCAGAUUAUGAUGCGUUGUAGUUAGUGAGGUUCAAUAUAAGUCGCGCAGUAGCCAUUCGAAAUUGAUGAAGCUGAAGCUAGUGGCCGUAAUAAGUAGCGGCCAGAAAUUUAUUGCGUGGCCGCUACUUAUUCCGGCCGCUAGCUUCAGCUUCAUUCGAAAUUGAUAAGAAAAAACACAUUUUUCAUGAUUCCAUCGCUGGCAUCGAACUUAAGCUUCGGUGGCUCUACAGUAGAGACAAUCUGGUUUCAGUCCAAUGUCGCGAACAAAUAUCAGCAAUCACGGAAAUUGAAAAUGUUCUAAGUCAGUAGGUAGUAGCUUAUGUGUUUCGUCCCUUGGGAAGGAACAAAUAAUGUUACUGCCCUCUAACUGAUUCGUAAUAUAAACUAUGAUGCUUGUCAUUUGUUUAAUAGUAAUUUCAGACCUUUAAUUUUAUUUGUGUAACUGACAGUUCUUUGUGAUUACGUUUUCGAAAAAUGAGUGUAAAUAAUAAAUAGUAUUUAUAGUUUCUGCUUAAUUAUAAAUUGCAAGUCACAAUUAA